UUUAUAUUAAUGUUUUAUUAAGAAUUAUGUGUUGUUAUAUAAUUUAAGAGCACGUGAAACAUAUAUUAUUGUUCAUAAUUUUUCAUUUCAUUGAUUAAUUAGUUAAUUAAUUCAUCAUCAUGGUUCAGGCAAUUAAUGAAGAUUUUGACGAAGAUCAAGAAGAUGUGAGUCAAGCUUUAGCUCUAUUACGAGAGAUGAAUACAAACGUACAAAAUGUUGCACAAUUAGUUGAUAAUAUGAUUGUAAAAGUCCAUAAAGGUGAACUCUCAACCACACAAGGUUUGAGUUUCUUAGAAAUGAAAUAUCAUAUGUUAUUAAGUUAUUUGAUAAAUGUUACAUAUGCUAUAUUACGUAAAUGUUCUGGUGAAACAAUUGAAGGUGAUCCAUCCAUAGAUCGUUUAGUGGAAAUACGAACUGUUUUAGAAAAAAUACGACCUAUUGAUCAUAGAUUAAAAUAUCAAAUUGAUAAAUUAGUGAAAGCUGCCGUUCAAGGAACUGUCGAAGAAAAUGAUCCUAGCAUGUUACGUGCAAAUCCUGAUAAUUUAUUAGGUAAUGAUGGUGCCAGCUCAGAGGAGAGUGAUGAUGAAGAAGAAGGUACAAAAGAAAAAAAAUCUAAAUCUGGAUUAUAUGUGCCACCUAAGUUAGCUGCAGUACACUACGAUGGUGAUGAGUCCAUUGUUGAAAAGAAUAAAAGGUUACAGGAAAAUAAAAGGAAACAUACUUUACAUUCGUCCGUUAUUGAAGAUUUACGUGAUGAGUACUUAGAUACGCCCCAGGAGAUAUCACAUGGUAACUACGCUCAAAAAACAUUAUCACGUUUUGAACAAGAAAAAACUGAAUAUGAAGAAAAUUAUCUCACUCGAUUACCUGAAACAAAAGUUGAACGUAAUCGAAGGAAACAGUUACAUAGUAAUAUGGGAAAUCUAGCUGAUGAAAUUGUAUAUGGCCAUAGUUCAUCAAAUAGUAAAUCAUUAAAGCGAAAGCGACAGUCUAAUAAAAUAAAAAAGAAGAGUGGUGGUAAAAAGAGGCGUACUCAAUAGGAUCUUUUUUUCCUAAACAUUUUCGAUUAACUUUGGCCUUUAAGAAAGUAAGUCAAAUGUACAAUAAGAUUUUGUUUUAUUUUUUUUUUUUUACAAUUUGUAAAAUUCAUAACUUGUACAAAACAUAUUCAAAAUGUAAUCAGUGAAUCUUAAAAAUUUUCUAUCUACUAAAAUUAAUAAAUACUUGACAGUCAAGUCAUACUCCUUUUUAUUCAUUGCUAUACUUAGUUGAAAUAAAUAAGAGACAAAUAUUAAAUCCAUAAUGUAUUCAUAAAUUUCUUAUACUCUAAUUUUCUGAUAAAUAAUAGUUGUUUGGGAACUCAUAAAUUAACAUUAUGGUUGUACAUUGUUACCAAAAGCUGCCUCUCGACUCCCAAAUCAUUUAGCAAUCACUAUGGAAAAUGAUAAUAACGUAUCUAACCAAUUACGUAUUUUCAUCUUUAUCCGAUUUUUGAUUGCAAGAUGUCUAAUUUAGAUAUUAUGAAUUUAAAAUUUUCGUCAACAAGACAUGUUUCUUAAAAAAUUUGCUCUUUGCUCUCAAAC